GCGCUGUAGCCGGGCCGCGGCCCUGGCGCGGGUGGCACGCCUCCCCGCGAGGCCUCCCCUACUGGCGCCCCUGGGCCGGCGUAACUUCCAUGAGGACGUAGCCUCCUCGACCAACACACUCUACCUGGAGAGUCUGUACACACAGUACCAGGCAGACCCCUCGAAGUUGGAUGCCAAGUGGGGAGACUACUUCGCAGCCGUCGAGGCCGGAAAGAAGGCUGAGCCUCCUCUGUCCGGCGCGGCACUGAGGGAAGCCGGGAUCGAGACGCGGCUCGCGGCUGCUGUCACAUCCGGUCAGGCUGCGGCCGGGCUUGUGGCGACAAGCAGCGGUGCAGGCGGCCUGCAGAACCUCAUUCGGGCCUAUCAGGUACGUGGCCACGAAGCCGCUUCCCUGGAUCCACUCAAUCUCCAUGCCUGGCGCCACUGGGAAGAGAAGGGAAUCUCAGGGACCGCUCCAGAGUUGGACCCUGCGUAUCACGGCUUCUCAGAGAAGGAUCUGGACAAGACGUUCCAAGUGAAUUUCGCUGGCCUGAACACCAGCUCCACCUUGCGUGACAUCGUGGCCGCCCUGAGAAGUGUAUACUGCAACACCGUCGGCAUUGAGUACAUGCACAUCGGUGAUCUCCAGAAGUUGGAUUGGAUCCGGACGCGUGUAGAGAGCCCCGACUUUCUCCCGAAGGAUAAGACGCGGCUAUCAAAGAUCUACAGUGAGCUUAUGAAGGUGGACACUUUCGAGCAGUUCCUCAACACUCAGUACAAGACCACGAAGCGCUUCGGGGUCGAUGGUGGUGAGGCCGCCGUUGCCGGUGUCAAUGCCGCCAUCGAGAAAGCGUCGGAGAUGGGGGUUCAGGAGGUUGUCAUCGGCAUGCCGCAUCGCGGCCGCCUGAAUGUUCUGACGAAUGUCGUCGGCAAGCCGCUGGUGCAGAUGUUCGCAGAGUUCAAGGGGACCCACUACGACUUCGAGAACUUGGUCCAGAAGAGUGAAAACGACGAUUGGCUCUUCGCGGGAGAUGUGAAGUACCACCUUGGAACCUCCAACAUGCGCGAGUUUUCCAACGGGAAGUCCGUCCUAGCGACGCUGGAGGCGAACCCAUCACACUUGGAGACGGUGAACACCGUUACGCUGGGUCGAGCUCGGGCCAAGCAGUACUACUUGGGCAAUACUGCGGAGACGAGGUCGCGGGUCAUGCCGAUUCUUUUCCAUGGCGACGCCUCCUUUGCUGGCCAGGGCGUCUGCUACGAGACCCUGCAGCUCGCGCAUGUCACGGAGUUCGACGUCGGUGGCACCAUCCACGUCAUCAUCAACAAUCAGGUGGGCUUCACCACAGACCCUGUCGAUGACCGCUCCACGAUGUACUCUUCGGACCUGGGCAAAGGCUUCGGCCUCCCGGUUCUCCACGUCAACGGCGACGACCCCGCCGCAGUGACCUCGGCUUUCCAACUGGCUGCGGAGUGGCGACAGACCUGGGGACAGGAUGUGAUCGUCGAUGUGAUAUGUUACCGACGCUUCGGGCACAACGAAACGGAUGCUCCGGAGUAUACCCAGCCGGUGCUCUACAAGCAAAUCAACAAACAUCCGAGGACGCACGCCGUCUUCGAAGAGAAGCUUCUUGCCAGCGGUGUGAUGUCGCAGGCUGAACUCGACUCUGUCAAAGGCAACCUUUGGAAGCAGCAUGAGGAGGCUUUCAAAGAGGCGGACAGCUUCAAGCCGGACGAGGACAUGGGCAACUGGGUGGCCACGAAGUGGGAGGGUUACGUGCGCCCCACGGACAAGGCUCAAUCGCAUCCCACAGGAGUGGACCUCGAGCUUCUGAAGUCCAUCGGCGCAAAGCUCUGCGCAGUCCCGGAGGGUUUCAAGCUGCACAACGGCUUGAAACGCCAGCUCAAGAAGAAACUGGAGGACAUCGAGGGAGGAGAAACCAUCGAUUGGGCCACCGCAGAGGCCCUCGCAUUUGCCUCGCUGCUGCUGGAAGGCAACCACGUGCGAAUCACGGGACAAGAUGUCCAGCGCGGCACCUUCGCCCAUCGGCACUGCGUUGCGAAGGAUCAGAGCACCGGGGAAGAUUUCUGCUUCCUGAACAACCUCGACCUCGGUCCGCAGGAAACUUUCAUCGCGCGGAACUCCAUCCUUUCUGAAUAUGGCGUACUGGGCUUCGAGCUGGGCUACAGCUACGAGAACCCUCGCGCAUUGGUCCUUUGGGAAGCACAAUUUGGUGACUUCGCCAACACGGCGCAGGUGAUGAUCGACCAGUUUGUAUCUGCUGGGGAGCACAAGUGGCUUCAGCAGACCGGCUUGGUCAUGCUCCUCCCCCACGGCUACAUGG